AUGAAUGAAAGACUUUUUCGUUUACCAUUUGAAUUCAAUGAUGAUGAGCUUGGUCCAUGGGAUGUCCUGCUCAGCAAUUAUGCAAUUGCAGAUAUGCGAAAAUUGGAGCCUCUUACAGUCAAGGCGGUUAUGGAGAAACUCAUGCAGAUAUCAAGUGGAAAGUGGAAUAAAUAUAGACUGCAACAUACAGUACACUCUUACAUUGUACCUAUUUAUGAAAUGGAGUUUCCAGAUUAUGGUGGCUUGAAAAUUCUCUGGCAAGUUGAUUAUGGAUUCUCUAUUCGUAGAAAUUCACUCAUGCAACAUGUGGCAAUUUGGACAGUCACUGUAAACCAAGAGCAAAUCAACGAAAAAUUAGAAAACAUUGCAUUACUUCAUCAAUUCUACACUCCUGAGCAUGAAUACUGGUGCACAUUCCAACAGAUUGGAAAAGAUGGUAUCGUUUUACCAAAAUCCUUUGAAGAUGAGGAUGGAACAAAGUCUACCCAGAGCAAAUUGAAUGAGAACCAAUCAGAUGAUAAAAAUUUGUUGAAGGUUCAUGAAAUGCUUACCACAAACAAGUUUUUUCCAUUAUCAAAGAACUUAUUUAAGUCACUUGUCAGAGGUGGUACCGAUUUUACCUUUCAGGUAUCUAAGCUUGAGUAUGAAAUUAUUAAUCAUCCUUCAUCAGCAAUUGUCAUUGGUCGUUCUGGAACUGGAAAAACCACAUGUAUUGUGUUCAGACUUCUUGGUUCAUAUCUGACUAGUCAGCUUAAUAAGACAUCAUCUUCAAAUGACAAUAAUGCUAAUUCUCACAAGAGACAAAUAUUCAUUACGUUGAGUAAAAACCUGUGCUGUAGAGUAAAAGAAUAUUUCAACAAACUGCAAGGGUCAGCAAAACUUACUAAUGAAAAGAUGUCUGUGGCUCAAUUUUAUGAGUGUAUAAGUAGAAAAGGAGAGGAAGAAGGUAGUAGUAAUAUUGAUGUGAAAAAUGUCACAAAAUUAGAAAAGGGAAAUACUGUGGAUUAUGCUCCAAACUCAUUCCGUGAGCUUAAAGAUGACCAUUUUCCAUUGAUAAUUACCUAUGAAACAUUCAUUGAAAUGCUUCAAAAAACUUAUCCACCCAAACAAGGUACAGAUGACAAUGCAUCAUGGAAACAUAUUGUAAAAUACAGAUCCUUUGCAAAAAAAUAUUGGUGUCAUUUCAAUGAUUAUUAUACAAAGAACUUUGAUUGUGGGCUGGUCUUUUCUGAAUUUUCUAUCAUUAAGGGCUCUAAUCCAGAAGGUGAAUACCUAUCAAGAGAAGAUUAUCAAGUCAUUAGCACUAAAAAAUACCCAACAUUUUGCUACAAUCGUGAUGAAAUUUAUGAUUUAUUUCUAGAAUAUGAAAAGAAGAAGUCCUUGAAUUCUGACCAUGACUCAAUAGAUCAGACAAUUAAGAUCUUAGAUUGUGUCAAAAUGGAUCAAGAGAGAGAGAAUCCAUUUAAUUUGCAAAUUCAUGAAGUAUAUAUUGAUGAGUGUCAGGACAACAGCAUUGUGGAUUUAGCACUUAUUUUAAAGCUCUUUAAACAUGUUGACAACAUUUUUUUGGCUGGAGAUAUAGCACAAUGUAUUGCAAGGGGAUCAUCUUUUCGAUUUCAAGAUCUAAAGGCUUUGAUAUAUAAAUGGGAACUUGAUAGAUCCAAUCGACCUAGUGCCAUAAUGCCAAAACUGUUUGAAAUGAAUAUUAAUUAUCGAUCACACAAUGGGAUCCUUAGACUUGCUUCAUCAGUAAUUGAUCUCAUCACUCACUUUUUUCCUGAAUCCAUUGACCAUCUGCCACGUGAGCAUGGUGAGGUUGGUGGUCCUCGACCUAUGGUUUUUGAAGGGAUUGAUGCUGAAACAUUUUUUCUCCUUGACUUUUCUAAGGAUGGGAAUGAGUCAAGUAAUGUUGAAUUUGGUGCUGAGCAGGCCAUUAUUGUACGUGAUGAUGAAGCUAAAGAGCAUGUGAAGGAAAAAAUUGGUGAAGAAUUUGGAUUGGUAUUAACUGUGUUUGAGUCUAAAGGGAUGGAGUUUAAUGAUGUGCUGUUGUAUAAUUUCUUUGCUGAUUCACCUGCACAUUCAAAGUGGCGGGUAAUUUUCUCUGCUUUUGACAACCAUUCAAAAGGAAUUCAAGAAUUUUAUCAUGAGAAACAUUAUAUACUUUCUUCAGAACUCAAACAUCUUUAUGUUGCAGUGACAAGAGCACGCCAGCAAAUUUGGAUAUAUGAUGAAAACAGUGAAUGGAGGGAGCCAAUUUGUAAGUAUUGGGAGCACCAUGGAUUGAUCAAUGUAAUUGUGAAUGAAAAUGAAAACGAUACUUUGUCUACUUUGGAUGAGGAAGGAAGUGGUAGUCCAUAUCAACGUCACUCUAAACAAGCAAAAAUUGCUUUGUCUAAUUUGGCUGAGAAAAAGAAAAGCAGUCCAGAUGAAUGGGAUCAACAAGGAAAAAUUUUUUUUGAAAGACAGCAAUAUGAUCUGGCUGUUUUUUGCUUCAAGAAAAGUGGAAAUGAAGAGAAUGAAGAGCUAGCAGAAGCAUAUCUUCUUCAGCAGGUUGCCAGAGAUUCUAUAUAUGAUUACGAUGAUGUUUCUGUGAACUCCAAAUUCAUUAGUGCUGCUGAAGCCUUUGUAAAGUGUUCAUUACCAAUUCAGGCAGCUUCAUGCUAUGAGGAUAUAAACAAGCAUGAAAAAGCUGGUGACCUUUAUGUAGAGUGGGAUAUGUUUGAGCCUGCUGCUCAUUGUUACUCCAAAGCCAAAAAAUGGGACAAAGCAGGCAAUUAUUUUCAACAGGUGGAGAAGUAUACUGAAGCUUGUCAAGCUUAUAAAAAUGGUGGACUUGAUGAAAAAGUAAAAGAUUUGAUUCAAAGAUACAGGCAAAAAAUUGAUGAAAAUAUCAUCAAUGAUUAUUAUUACUCUAUUGCCAAAGAACUUUGUUCAUGUGGCAAGUUUGAAGAGGCCAUCCAUGUUAUUAUCAUGAACUUGAAUAAGAUCAAUUCAGAAAAUAUUGAAGUGUUAAAGUGUUUCAUACACCUAUGCAGAGUCAAUGUAAUAAAAAAUAUAAUGACAAGUUCAAAUAGCAAACAGGAAGUGAAUAGCAAACAGGAAGUGAAUAGCAAUCAGGAAGUGAAUAGCAAUCAGGAAGUGAAUAGCAAACAGGAAGUGGAUAGACUUCUUUCCAAGGCAAAUGAAUUUGUAGAGAAAUUCAAAUCAAAAUCAUUGGAAAAAUCUGAGCAGUGGAAUAGUUUGAUGAAUGAGAUUCAAUUAUAUGUAGCUUAUUUAAAUGAGGACCUCAAUAGUGUUUGUGGAUGUAUGCAAUUCUUUAAAGGUCGCAAAGAACUUGUUGCAGAAUUUUGUGCAAUAAACAUAUAUCUGCAAACCAUCCCUCAAUCAAUAAAGCACUGGUAUAAACGAUUGCAACGUCUGUUAAGGUUAUGUGAUUUAACUUUUGGCUUUAUAGCAAGUCAAAAUGCCAACAAUAUCAAGAAAAUAUUUUUUGUAAACAAGGUUGAAAAUUAUUUACAUAAAUGGAAAAUUUUCUUAGACAAUCCAUUCCUUAAUAUAUGGGACAAUAUUCAUCAUAAAAUCAUGGGUGAUUGGUGUGUUUAUGAUGCAGAUAAUUUGCAUCUAGAAAUGAAGAAAUUCCUUGCCUCAUAUAUCUUUGAGCUCAUCUGUGAAGUUGACCAGAAAAGUAGAUCUAUUCCAGAUGUAAGUUCUCACAUCUGUCAAUUUCUUCCACCCUGUCAAAAACCAGGUUGCAAAAAUCAUCAUGUAGUUCCAACAUCAUUAAUUCUGCACCAACGCUUGAAGCUUGCAAGUCUUACUUAUACUGUUAUUAGACAGUUGGAUAUAAUCUACAAUCAACAUGGGCUUCUUGAAGAGGAGCAAAGUAAACAAGUUUCUGGAAUACAAAGGCGAUGGGCUGAAAACCUGGUUAAAUAUCAUAUACGUUAUCAAUCACCUAAGAUAAGCUGCCCAGAAAUAACUCAAAUGAUGCUUUCAGAACUUCCUAAACACACACGAUCUGGAUUUACUAGUCUUGCUCAAAAGAUAUGGUUAUAUAAAGAGUCCAAAGAUGCUGGCAACUUUGCAGCUAUGCUGAAAUGUAUAUUUAUUUUACAACAGUUGAAAGACAAACAGGGCAUUGAUGAUUUUGAUUCGGAAAUGUCAAAAACAAAAAAGCUUUCAUGCCCUGAUGAUUUACCUAUUGGUUUUGAGAGGUGUGAUGAUGAUGAUCAAGCAAUUCCAGUUGGAAAACGACUUUCAUUAUUCUUUAAAAAUCUCUAUGAAAAUAAAGUCAAUCAUGCAAUUUCAAAUGCAAAUGAGUUUAUUUGGUAUGCUAUAAAAAAUGUCAAAUAUGUCCAACUGGAUAACUCUGAUGCUUUGGGUGACCUUGUAUCUCUUAUGGAGUUUAAAAUGGCUUUGGUUUUUGCAGCUGGUCCUAAAUCUUGUGACUUUUGUCUUCCUCGAGCAUAUCUUGUUAAUUAUUUUAAAGCAUUCACUAUGAAGCCACUACUUUGGAAUCGGCUACAAUCUUACAACAUGAAGGACUAUCAAGCUAUAAUUGACAAGUCUAUAACAGAGUCACUUAUGAAAAUUUUGAACGAAGACUUAAAGGAAAACGGCUUUGACUCUCUAGUUAUUGUUUAUUACGAUCAAGGUGGGAACUCAAAAUUUUCCAACUAUGAGAAAGAUGGUAUUGUGAAGCUUGCAUACUCUUCUAUUGAGGAAUUUGAUUCUGCUCUUCAACGAAUCAUAUCACCACCCAUUGCUGUUGUUUAUGAGGAUUUUGAUCAAAAGAAGCUAUUAAAAGAAAAGAUUUACAAUGAAAUUAAUAUUUUUUGCCAGGAUAUCUUAAGAGAGAAUGAAGGAAAGGCAUUGAGCAGGUAUAUUAUUCUCUUGAAAGGUCCAAUGGUGGAUUCAAUAGUGAAGCUAAAUGAGUUGCAGAGCAAAAUGAAUGCAACCCAAGUCAAGUUAAAUGAGAUGCAGGACAAAAUGGAUGCAACCAAAGUCGAAUUGAAUAAGAGAAUUGAUGAUACUUUUGAUAUGGACAUAGUUGAAGAAUGUUCCGACCUUCAGGAAGAACUUAAGUCUAUCCAUUAUGAAAAUGUUAAACUAGCAUUAAAUUCAUUGUUACCAACUGAGAAUGUAGAAGAACACAAGCAAGAAAAUGUUGAAUGGUUAAAAAAUAGAUUACAAGAGGCGGAUGAUAUAAUUGAUCAGGCUUAUAAAUGGCUUGAUAAGUGCAAGGAUACAAUGAAAUCUGAAUAA